CGGGAGCGGUAGCUGCGGCGGGGGCUCCCAGCGAAGGGAGUUGAAGAGGCUGUGGGGGUGAGCGGGCCGGGGCCGUCGGUCUGCUUGGCCUAGCUUUGUGUUAUUCUUGGAAAAUUUCGCACCACUUGUGAAUUCCUUGAACCUGGGCAUUGCAAACCCACUUCUGUUGGGCCCAUCUCCUUUGCAGUUUGCUCAGAUUAAGACACAGUUGGCUCUACAACAGCUGAAUGCAGUUGCUUCACAUGGUUCAGCAUCACCUUAUUCUUUAUUAAAUCAAUCAUUCUUGAAAAUAGCCAUGUCGAGACCAAGGUUUACUCCUCGAGGACACUUUCCAGGUCAAAGGCCACAAGCACCUAACCCUUCUGGGAUGAAGCCUCAUGGAGGAUAUAUGAGAACUGAAACAAUGGGUAUACCAAGAUUACACCCAUCGGGAAGACCCCAUGGAAUUGCACAAAGAUUUGGGGGCCAUGAGUCUUACCAGAGCAUGGGCCCCCAUAGGACAAAUGUUCAGAUGAUGCAACACCGAACUGACCCAAGAUUGGCCAAAGAAAAAAUGGAUUUUCAUGAAGCUCAGCAAAAGAAGGGAAAACCUCAUGUUGGUCAGUGGGAUGAUAGUCCUCGUCCAUCUGGAACAACAGGACUGAAACGUGGUUCUGCAACACACAUUACAGACCAGAGUCCUAAAGUACAUAGUCGCUAUACAAAGGAAAGUGCAUCAAGUAUUUUAGCAAGUUUUGGAUUAUCCAAUGAAGACCUAGAGGAACUCAGUCGAUAUCCAGAUGAACAAUUAACUCCAGAAAACAUGCCAUUGAUACUAAGGGAUAUAAGAAUGCGUAAAAUGGGGCGCUGGUUACCUAAUUUACCUUCCCAGAGAAGUGGUAAAGAAACCCUUGGUGGUGAGACAGUUUCAAGUAAUGUGAUUGAUUAUGGACAUGCCAGUAAAUAUGGUUACACAGAAGAUCCAUUGGAAGUACGAAUUUAUGACCCUGAAGAACCGACUGAAGAAAAUAAGAAUGAAUUUCAGUCCCAGCAGAAUAUUUCUGUGUCUGCUCCAAAUGUGAUAUGUAAUACAAUGUUUCCAGUUGAAGAUUUGAUCAGACAGAUGGGUUUCCAAAGUGAGUCCUCCAAUAAUCAGUCAUUUUUCCCAGUUGAUAGUACAAACAAGAUGUCAAAUUUAAGCAUGACAGGACAAUCAGUCCUUGAACCAGUGAACUCUGUGAGCCAAUCUAUUAGUCAAGCAAUGAGCCAGUCACUUAUUUCUUCAAUGAGCCAAUCUCUGAUACCACCUCCUAUGAGCCAGCAGUCCUUUUCAGCUGAGUUAAUUACACCUGUAAGCCAACAGGAGAGGAUUUCGCAUGAACCUGUGAUUAAUUCAUCUAACAUGCAUAUUGGGUCUGGAGGUGGGAAAAAAAAUUACUCAUCAGAACCUGAUGCUCCUAUUCAAUCUCCGUUUGGAAUUGUAAAAGCAUCUUGGCUGCCCAAGUUUUCACAGGCAGGUGCCCAGAAGAUGAAGAGACUUCCAACUCCUUCUAUGAUGAAUGAUUAUUAUGCUGCAUCUCCAAGAAUAUUUCCACAUAUGUGUUCUCUAUGUAACGUAGAGUGUAGUCAUUUGAAGAAUUGGAUUCAGCAUCAGAAUACACCUGCCCACAUUGAGAGCUGCCGGCAGUUACGUCAACAAUAUCCCGAUUGGAAUCCUGAGAUCCUGUCUUCCAGGAGAGAUGAGGGCAAUAGAAAAGAAAAUCAGACUCCAAGGAGACGUACUCACUCAUCUAGUGCUAGUCCCCGCCGGUCUAGGGGACCAAGCUUUGGUCACAAGUUACGGCGAUCUCGGUCUAGAAGCCCUGGACGUUACAUGCAAAACAGACCAAGAAGUCGAAGUCCAAGAUGUUCACAUCGUUUCAGUCCUCGACACCGGUCUCGGUCACCACAUAGGUCUAGAAAUCCCCUCCGGGGCAGUCCUAAGCCCCCAAGAUCUGCUAGCUCUGAGUGGACAUCAAGGAGACGGCCCAGGUCACCAGAUAAAAGAAGCUCAUUGGAAGCUGUGGUACAGAGUCUAGGACAUGGUUUUCCUGCAGAGUUCAGUAAGCAGAAGCACUUUGAAGUAGGUGGGAAGGGAAGAUCCUCAAGCCAGAAGACUCUCAGCAGCGGUUCAAAACUACCUUGUAAGAAUGCAGGCUCAGCCAAAAGUGAGCUCUCUUCAGCCAGUCACUCUGCUCGCCAUAAGGCCAAGAAUCCUGAAGACGCCUGCUCGUCACAGAUGCUGGAGGAAAGUGUUCCUCAAAGAAAGCUGUGGGAAGAUGAAUCCUUGCGUUGUGAUACAAUUAUUCAUGUAUCAGAGUUACCAACUGAUGGCUACACUGAGCAAGAUAUUAUAAAAAUAGUUCAACCAUUUGGAAAAGUUAGUGAUCUCUUGAUUGUUCCAUCUAGAAAUGAGGCCUACUUGGAAAUGAAGUUUAAAGAGGCCGUGGCUGCUGCUGUGAAGUACUGUGAAACAACCCCCGUGCAGGUGAAAGGGAAGAGGGUGAAGAUCAGCGCCGCGGGAAAAAAGAAAUUACCAAGCACUGUCCAGAACAAAGAUGGGAAAAAAAUAGUUUCAGAAACAAAGAAACCAUCGACUUCAAAAAAAGAUACAGAUGCUUCAAAGGCUGAAUCUGUAAUGGCAGCUACCACUGGAAAGUCAGUUAAUAAAAAGUCUGUGAUUUCCGGAAGUGCUAAAAGUAAUAAAACUUCUAACAAAUCAGCAAAACCUAGUGGAAAGAAGACAGUAGAAAACAAAAAACCUAUAGAUCCCCAAAUUAAGGACUCUAGUAAGACUGUGACAAUGCCAGAAAAACUUAUACCAUUAUUGACUGAAUCAGAUCAACCUACCAAGACUUUAAUUGACAAAGAAAACAUUGAAAUAAGAAGCAUUUCAGAAACCAAGAGCAUUCCUGAAACCAAAACCAUUGAGGGUACUGCUAAAGAAAAUGCUUCAGGGAUCACUGAAAAUGAGGAUUCAGUUAGCAAGGAAACUGAAGAAAUGUGCAUUGUCCUCAUUUCAAAUUUGCCAAAUAAAGGAUAUUCUACAGAAGAAGUUUCCAAUCUGGCAAAACCAUUUGGUGGUUUCAAGGAUAUUUUAAUUUUAUCAUCUCAUAAAAAGGCAUACAUGGAAAUAAAUAGAAAAUCUGCAGACUCUAUGGUAAAAUUUUAUACCUGCUUCCCAAUGUCAAUGGAUGGAAAUCAACUUUUGAUAAAUAUGGCUCCUGAAAAUAUUAAUCUAAAGGAUGAGGAAGCUAUAUUCACAUCUUUGAUUAAAGAAUCUUCCCCUGAGGCCAAUCUAGAUACAAUUCACAGUCACUUUGUACAUCUUGGCAACUUACCGGAGGAUGGAUACACUGAACAUGAGGUAGUUUGUGUUGGACUUCAAUUUGGAAAAGUGGAUCGCUAUGUGUUCAUAAAUAAUAGAAACAAGGUAAUUCUUCAGUUAGAUACUCCUGAAUCUGCUCAGAAAAUGCAUAGCUUCUUAAAGCAAAAUCCUUUUAACCUGGGUGAAAAUAUAUUGACCUGUACAUUGUCUCUGAAGACAGAGCCACCUGAGGUUGAAACUGAGAGAGAUCCAGAACCAGGAAAAGAGAGCCCUGACUUGAAAAACAAUCCAGUUGAUGAAAGUGAGGUGCAAACAGCAGCUGAUAGUUCCUCAGUUAAGCCUAGUGAAAUCAAGGAAGAGACCAUCCCAAAUCCCGCCUUCCAAAUGGAGCCUUCCACAUUGCAGGAAGAAACUUCCAAGGGAGAAAUUCAGAGAGGAGCAGUGUGUGAUUCUGACUUGGCUCCUGGCAAGGUGGAGGUGGAAAAACAGGUGGAGGAGACAGAGUUGAAGAAUCCUGAUGGCACCUCUGCCCUGGCCAAGACAGAAGAAGCACAAGAAAGCACAGAGAAUUCCACUUUUGCUCCGCAGGACAAUGUGAUUGAUCUGGAGAAGGAAGCUGAUCUAUCAUCAGGUCCCCCUAGUGGGCCAGGUAGAGAAGAAAGGGACAAUAAGCAAAAAGUAGAAGAGUGCUUCCCCGAGACCGAAGAUGCCCACAGCGUGGAGAAGGCUGGAAAUGCUUUUUCAGGGUCUGUUGGAGUGGCAGCAGGAGAUAUGGAACUACUUGAAGCUGCUUCAGAGGUGGUCCCUCCUAUUUCUCCCAUGGUCACAACCCAGGGAGUUUACACUGGGAGUGAGAAGUUGACAGUAAGCAAAGAGGGAAUCUAUGAUAAAGACACCCUGGAGGAAAAGGAGGACAAGGUGAUUGACUUUAAGGACGCUAGAACUGAGCCGAAAACUGCGCUGGAAAUAGGACCAGAGAAGGAGCCUGACAGAAACACGGCCGAGGAUGCAUUGGGUGUGGAGAAGCCUGAAAGGAUUGUCAUAGUGACAAGGGAGAAAAUGGCGGAAAAUACUGUGAUCAGGGAACACGUGAAUAAAGGAGUGACCCAAGCUAGUAAGCCCGACGAAACGAGUAAAACCAGUGUUCAGGUGGUGUCAAAUGCCUCCUGCAGCAAACUGAGCUCCAGGCCUGGGGCUUCCACCCCGAAUACACUUAAGACAAAGGUGACCGGUCAGAAAAGUGAAGUAAAAACGGAAGAUCAGAGGACUUGCUCAAAGCUUCUGCCCAAGAGCCAAGCAAGCAUGGAUAAGAAGCUCAUGGCCAAAGACAUGGGCUCUCUUAGACCUGCCAUUGCCAGGUCCUCCCUGGGUGAAAGCAGCAAAUCUAAAGCUUCCCCCAGCGGCGUAGCCAGAGGAGGCAGUGGGCGGACCUCAGUUCCACAAGACAAGGAUUACAGGGCUCUAGCAAAACAGUCUCAAGAAACAGAGACUAGACCUUCCACCAUGAAACGGGAUGACAGCGGCAAUAAGACUUCUGCUGGGCAGAACACUAAGAACCCUAAAGGCAGCUCUGGUAAAACUGCCAAACCUAGAGAGGAAGAAGAGCUUUUCCCAUUUAAUUUGGAUGAGUUUGUUACCGUGGAUGAAGUUAUAGAAGAGGUGGAUCCUUCUCAAGUCAAGCAGAAUACACCAAAAGGGAAAAAGAAAGAACUUAUUAAGAAUCCUCCUUCCUCUGAAAUGAACUUAAAAAAAAGGAAGGGGAAAAGCUCAGUGUCCUGUGUUGCAGAGAGUGAGUUAUCUUUUGUGACCUUGGAUGAGAUCGGUGAAGAAGAAGAUGCAGCUGCUCACCUGACCAUAGAGUCUAACUUAGAAACUAAAGCUCUGGUCACUGUGGAUGAAGUUAAUGAUGAAGAGGAGCUAAAUGUGGAAGAAAUGGUGAAAAAUGCAAAUUCCCUUCUUACUUUAGAUGAGAUAAUUGAGCAAGAUGAUUGCACUUCCCAUGGGGAACCUAAAGAUGUCACUAUUUUGUCAGUAGAUGAAGAGCGGGAUCUUUUGAAGAGAGAACCUCUAGUAACUGUGGAUGAAAUUGGGGAAGUAGAAGAGCUACCUUUAAAUGAAUCGGCAGACAUAAAUUUUGCUCCUAUAAAUCCCAAGGAAGAAGAAAGAGCUGUAAGGGAGUCUAUUGGUUUUAUCUCUUCUCAGGUCCCCGAAGACCCAACUACUUUAGUCACAGUAGAUGAAAUACAGGAUGAUAGCAGUGAUGUUCAUUUAGUGACUUUAGAUGAAGUGACAGAAGAAGAUGAAGAGUCUUUGGCAGACUUUAACAACCUUAAAGAGGAACUGAAUUUUGUUACUGUGGAUGAAGUUGGAGAAGAGGAAGAGGGAGAGAAUGACUUAAAAAUUGAGACAACUAGGAAAGAUGUUUGCCUUAUGGCUAAAACAGGAGGCAUCAAGAAGAAAACUAUAAUCACCAAGCAGGAGAAGCCUAAAGCUUUGCAUCAAAUGGGCCAGAUUAGUGAGGAGAUUGUAGAAAAAGACCCCAAAACUAUGGCUGAACGACAUUUAGCAGAGCAAAGCAUGUCCCAUGUUGCUUCACCUCAAGACAAGGGGAUAAAGCCAGAGACCAAGCAAGAACACACAGCUAAAACUUCAGCUAAAAGGAGUCGAAGCAAGAAAAUGCCGUCCUCUGAGACAUCUGAUACCUCAGAACAGCCCAAACUGGAAGAAGCCUUGAAUACAGUUGAAGAAUCUGGAUCAGAAGAUGCAGAACCUGAGAAAAAGAGAAAGAAAGAUGAAGAGUCUUCAUUAGAUUUAGAUUUUCUUAUACCGAAGGCCGGUUUCUUCUGUCCUAUUUGUUCCCUCUUCUACUCCGAUCAGAAAACAAUGGCAAAUCAUUGCAAGAGUGCGCGCCACAAGCAGAAUACAGAGAAAUUCAUGGCCAGGCAAAAAGAAAAAGAACGGAAAGAGGCUGAAGAGAAAAGCUCCAGGUGAUCAGGAGAAGAAUUCAUUAAGAAUUCAUUUAGGGUCCAGUUGAUUUUAUGUAUUUUGUUAUCACUUAAUUUGUAACUUUGUUUCAGAAGCAGAUAUUCAUGUUGUACAAAUUUCUGAUUGCACUUGAUGUAGAAAGGACUGUUGGGGGUGGGGGGAGGUGUGGGAGGGGGAGUAUGAUGGGUUUGAUUUUUAUAUCAAAUCAUCUGGCCUGGAGAAACAUCUUUUACAUACAAGUGUUGAAAUAAAUGUUGCUACUGUAUAUUUAACAGCA